AUGACGGGAAUCUUAAGUACUCUUGUAAGAUUUUAUAAUUAUACUAUUUGUCAAAUUGAAAUUGUUUCUUUUCGCGGGAAUCUUAUGUGUUAUAUAAUGUUAUAUAUUUUAGUUAUCGGUAUGUUUUUUUGUGUAAUAGUUCAAUUUCCAUGUUCAGGGAUUAUUCUUUUGUAUUUUAGGCACUUCUUUUUAAGCACGGAAAAAGAGCCGACUUAAUUACACACGGUAAUUAUAUAAGAGCAGAAUCUUUUAUAUUUUAUGUAACAUGCUCUGACUACAUUCAAAAAUUUUUUAUACGUUUUUCAAGCGGCAAACAAACUUAAGAAGUAUGUUUAGUGCUUUAUUUGUAAAAUUAUGCUAAAAUGAAGAGCUUUACGCUGGUACGCCAAAGAGAAAAUGAUAUCUGAAAUUCGGUAAAUAUUGUAAAAUGAAGAGAAUGUAGCCCUGUGUCUGUGAAGUUCGCAAAUUUUGUAUAUAUUUGUAAUACGCGCGGUAAGAAUCAAACUUUGCAAUUUUACUCAUUUUAAGAUGCUCUUUCCAGCUGUGGUAAUGGAUUCGUUCUUCUUGUCCAGAUCAAAAUUUCGUCUAUAGCUGGAAUCAACCAUUGGCAUUGUUAAUUCUAUAAUAGCUAUAAAUGUAUGUGUGUUUUUAGCCAGAACAGUUCGUGAGACAGUUGAAUCUUGUGAUAUCCUGACAGUUAAUAACAGUUUGUUAAGAAAACUUUAUGUCAAGUUAAUUCAGGUCAGUGUCGUGUAAUUUCUCCUUUUUUUUUAAAACUCAAAGAAACCAUUAAUUUAGUCUUUCUUACCAUUACAGAGACUGGGGCUUACUUUUUUAAAACCAAGGCUUGCAGCCUGGAGGUAAUGUGUGACAAGUUAUCAAAAAGCGAGGCUCUCCAUUGUUAUGUGUUUCAGAUUCAGAUUUUAUCUCUUACAUUCUGUUUUAUCAACUUAAUUAAAGGUAUAAGAGGGGAACCAGAUCACUAUCGCAUAAUCUCGCAAAAUCUGUACAAGUACGAUAAUAUUUAUUGCUUUGGUAAUGUGUUCAUUCGAAAUUUUAUCACUGACGCUGUAUCUUUUAAAUACUAGAUAAUUAAGUAGUGAACUUUAGUAUAAUUUUUUUCAGGAAAAAACUAUAACAGAUAUCCAAGUCAUGGAAAACGAAAAAGUAAUUAAAAUGUUUUAGCAUGUUACAGUAGUAGGAUGUUACAAAAUGUUAAUUUAAUGUUUCGUGUUGAUAACAUGUUAAUGUCAUAAAAACCUUAGUAUCCAGUAUAAAUGUUAACUACGUAUUUUAUUUUAGCAAUCGGAUGAAAACUUUGAUGUCCCGGAAGAUAUCGAAGAUAUUAUUGGUAUGAAACGUCUUGCUGUCUUAUCUACAUCUAAAGGAGCUCUGUGCGAACGGGAAAGUUUUUUCUGAAAAAAAAAACACCGUUACUUUUCUUAUGUUGAUGACAGAAUAUUGAAAUAUUUCUCGACAGAAAGGGUGGAUUUUCACUCGUUGAAAUAUUUCUCUUGAUUUCUUUGGAAUUGUGACCAUCCGGAUAAAUCAGUUCUACUUCACCGCUCACAAUUCAAAAGAAAUUGAGCGAAACAUUUUGCUGUCGAAAUUUUUCUUGCGAGUGGAAAUCCAGCUUAAACUGUGAACAAGAAAAUUUGAUCAUCAUCACUUCAACUUGCUCGACUAUACGGUGUUUUAUAGUACAGUCAGCCUUGUGAUUUAUCUCCUAUCCACAUCGUCAAAUAUAGCUUGCCCGUUGGAAACUAAAGCAAACAAUACGCGUAUAGCAAACUUAAUAAAUUCAAAUUUAGUUUAGUAAUAAUUGUAAUCAAUUUUUUGUUCUUUUUCGUACUUUCUAGAGAUACUGUUGAUAGGUUUGAAAGAGAAGGAUACCAUUGUAAGAUGGUCAGCAGCGAAAGGGUAAUAAUUCUGUGAAAGUUAUGAAUUUCAUUUGUGUGACAUAUUCUUCUAAGUUUUGGACUCAUCUUUGUUUGACAUGUUAUGUAGAGUUGGUAGAAUAACAGGCAGACUUCCCAAGGAACUUGCUGAUGAUAUUGUUGGUGCUGUAUUAGAUUUAUUCAGGUAACAUAAAAAGCAUGGUGAUGGUAAAGAUUGCAUGGUUAUAUAAGAAGCAUGGUGAUGGUGAUGAUUGUGGUUAUGAUGGUGAUGGUGUAGCGUAUCCCAAAAAAUUGUUCCUUUUACAAUAUCACAAUAACAAGAAAUUUACUAUGAUUAAGCGCUUUGGGAACAAAACAAUUGAAUUGGGCAGAAGCACUAGGGUGUGAGCAUGUUAUUUCAAUAGGAAAAAGCAUUUAAAGUUACCUACUGCAUCAUGACAAGAACGAUUUGUUUUGCCAUGGUUUUUGCAUAUAUUUAAACCCCAUAAUAGGAAUACAUGUAAAUUAUGUUGGGUGUUCCCAUUUAUAAACGGAACAGCAAUUAAAAAGGAACAAAUCGUUCCUACUUCAAUUUGGUUGUUCCGUUUAUAAUAUGUUCCGCAAAGCGGAACUGAUUGGGAACAACUUGUAUUAGGAACACUUAAUCUGUUCCUUUUCAUGGUUCCUUUGCUUAGGAACAAAAUGUUCCGCGAAGCGGAACAUUAAUAUUCUAACUAGGUUAGCAAACUGGAACAAUUUGUUAUGCACAUAUUGCUAGCUUUUGUUGUUCCGUUUUAUUGUUCUGUUUUAUUGUUCCUUUAAAGCCAACAUUCCUCUAUUUUAAUCUUGCCAUUUAUUUCGCAAAAUAACACAAUAAUAUAUUGCACUUGGGUCUAUUUAUUUAACAUAUAAGAUUAAUACUUCGCAUAUGCAUACUAAUGCGUGUGUGUUGUGUUCACUAUAAAAAGCAAAGUAAUUUGAUCGCUAAGCAUUUUGUCGAGUUUUUAUGUUUGCACGAAGAAAAUCUAAAGUAGAUUGGAAGUUAGUCGACGGUGCGUUUACUAAACAGAGACGAUUGCAUUUGGUCAAAGACAGAGAUGGGUUAGAUCAUUGUCCAGUAACGGGCUGCGAGCAUCCAGGAUUUGCAAGUCAAAGAGGUUGUCGUAAACAUGUGAAAAUAAAACAUGGUUGGUAUUACUAUUUCGACGAGAAGCCCAAUGUAUCGAUGGACCUUUUCGACACUUCGCUGUCUGCUGCGAAUGGAACUAACGAAAAAGCUUCCAGAACAGUUCCUGGCUGCUCAACAGAUAAUGAAUUCGCUCGUUCGUUUUCGCAGUGGCUUCAAAGCAGCUGUGGCGGGGGCAAGUCUCCUAAACAAUCGGACAUUUCAGUCACGAGAGCUUUAAAGUUCGUAAAGUUUUGCUGCGACGAGAGUGGCGACGCCGAGGAAGAUGUCCUAACUUCCCCUAAUUUAAUCGACUACGCCUUGGGAUCUCCAAAACUGUUGACAAAAUUCGUGGACAGUCUAAAAGAAAAGUGGGGUCUUGGACAAUCAGGACAAAUAUCCUAUGUCACAAGCAUUUCAGAUUUACUAGAUUUUCGCAAAUUUAACCGUCCCCCUGCAUCAGUGCUUCAAAAUUUUGCCGUUACUGAGGUUUAUGUGAAGAGAGCGCGAAAGUGCUUAGGGAAGAGCAUGAGAUCAAAUUGGACAACCGAAUUAGACAUAGAAACCCUCGAAUCGCGUAGAAGUUGGGCUACUCUUUCCGAAGUUCAAUCUGUAAUACCAUUUCACGUAGAACGUUAUGAAUCCGUGUUGGAAAAGUGUAUGGCAUGUUCUUCUUCAGUCAAAACCGGUGACGUCACGUUUGCCACCCGAUUCGUAGCCGCUUACAUGUUCCUGAAAGUAAAAGGCUGCCGUCCUAUGACAUACCAGCAUCUGACCUUGCGAAUGUUUGAAAGUGCAAAGAGAAACGAAGGAAUGGUUGAUCAGACAAUUUUCAAGACAGCUAAAAAAUACGGGUUUGAUAGUGUGUACUUUGACGAAUGCAGCAUGGAGAUAUUGGGAAAAUAUAUAAC